AUGAGCGCAAGGGCACAGCAGCUCCAGCAACUGCAUACUGUCAGCAAUCACCACAUCCAGCAAUGGAUUGAGUCGGUCACGGACGUCGCCCUUCCCAGCAGCGACCUUCUCAACGACGACGUUAUCGACGACGACACGCUGUACGACGACCCUCUAUACGACGAUCCUGUCUUCUUUCCAAGCAACGAGCCGCCUGCCAAGCGCCCGCGUCGCGACAGGUCCGACAACGAUACCUUCACCCACCCGUUCAAUGCGAUCCUGCCCAGCACACCUCCCAUCACGACCAUGUCCGACUCAAGCCGGAAGAGGGGCGCGAGCGAGAUGGAUGAGGUUCCGGAUUCAACCACCCCAAAAUCCAACAGACCUCUGGCAACGGUGUCGAUGCGACCAGUGGCCCCCAAGAAACGCACCCGCUCGGCCAGUCCCACAAAGCCAAAGUGUAGAGGGAACCUCGAGAUGUUUGAGAAGCCGGUAUACGUCAAGGAACUCGAGAGCAACUUCAAAUUGCUGCCCCAAGACGUCAAGAGCUUGUACUCGGGCCUCCAAAAGGUUCGUCACAAGGAGGAUGUCAUUCCGCACGAGGUGCGCGAUCAGGUCAUGGCCCUGGUAGGAGAGGAUGAAGCGCGCCCCUACUACUUCCGCAACCGCCCAACACCCGGGGCACAGGCUCUGCACGAUGCGUUGUGUGACAUUAAGCUGGAAGCCAAGGCGGCAGCAGAGGACGAAUACCACGAGACCGGCUGGAACCAUUCUGUACACACGCCAGUCCUGCGGACAGUCUUCAAGUCAACAAAGCAGAGCCAUCUCGAUCCGCAGCAGGAGGAACAACCACCAGAAGCAACGGUAACGCCAACGCCAGCGCCGCCAGAUGUUGCAAGUUCUCGUUUCGUGAGCGCCAUGUCAGCCACCAUCUGGAGCGAAUACAUGCCGACCAAAUCCUCGAAACUCCCGUCGCUGUUUGCGCUCCAGGCACAGGCACAGACACAGGCACAGGCACAGUCCCCGUUACAGCUUGCGGCUAUGGGUAUUCUUCCAAGCUCCGGCUCUCCUUCCCUCGGUUACUCUGCGUACAAGGGCGCCAGUACCGAUGGAGGCACCACUCAAGAGAACGACACCGCCGGGCCCGGUCGUAGCGACGGUAAGAAGGUCGACUACGUACUUGUCCUGGACGCUGGUCAAGGUUCCCCCCUCCAGAAGGUCAUGUCUUUCUUCCUCUUCAACGAGGGCAUCGAGCGAGACAACCUACCACACGUCAACCAGACGCUGUACCGGCCCUUGCAGUGGAGUCCCAUCGCAUGCUCCAUCGAGACAAAAGUUGAGUUCCAAGCGAAGGACCCAAUGUUGCAACUCGGUACCUGGGCAGCCGCUGGGCACAAGCGGCUCCGAUCUCUGCGCCACCAUCUGUUUGGAAAGGUCCCGUCCGUGUUCAAUGCCGAGCGACAAUCGGAACGCUUCCCCUCCUCGCUGCUGAUCGAGGUUGUGAACCAUGACUGGCGAUUGUAUUUCGCCUGCGACUCGGGAGCGUCGAUCGACUUGUACGGCCCUCUUGGCAUUGGCUCAACUAGGUAUCUGACCGAGGCGUACGUACUGGUCGCUGCCCUCGAGGCUAUCCAGCGGUGGAUCGAGACGACUUUUCAUGAGGGCAUGGAAGCUUGGCUCAUGUGCAAGGAUUUGGUUGACAAGACAUAA